AGUGGCAACAAGUUUGCCAUAAAUAUAAAACAUUCUCUGCUGAAUAUGGAAGACGAAAGCGAGCGUAUUUCAAUUAAUUUAAACAAAGAUGUCAAUCAAGAUGAAGCUAUUAUGGCUCAAGAGCGGGAAAUUGAACGUGAGAUUGCUGAAACUAAUCCUUUGAUUGGUCCAAAGUGUGAUCUUUCAUUAUUGCAGAAGGAAUAUGCUGAAGAUGAUCUUGUAUAUCAGCAAAAAGUUAAUGACUUGAAAAGCAAGUAUGGUUGUGUUCGGAAAAUGCGUCCAGACGGCAAUUGUUUUUUCCGAGCCUUCACUUUUGCUUACUUGGAAAGUUUGCUCACCGAUAAGCAAGAGUACAAAAGGUUCAAAGAAGUAGCUGCUAAAACCAAAGAUGAUUUAGUCUCCCUAGGGUUUCCUAAAUUUACUAUAGAAGAUUUUCAUGAUACAUUCAUGGAUGUGCUGGGCAAGAUUGAUCAGGAUAUGUCUGUGGAGGACCUUUUAAACAUUUUCAACGACCAGGGCUGUUCUGAUUACAUUGUUGUAUAUAUGAGAUUAAUAACCUCAGGAUACUUGCAGAAAGAAGAAGCCUUUUUUAGUAAUUUCAUAGAAGGCGAUAGGACAGUUAAAGAAUUUUGUCAUCAAGAGGUUGAACCUAUGUACAAAGAAAGUGACCACAUCCAUGUGAUCGCCCUGACCUUGGCCCUGGGCGUGGGUGUGAGGGUCCAGUACAUGGAUAGGGGCACCGGUGGCACGGUAAACGCCCACGACUUCCCGGAGGACAAGACACCCAGGAUUCACUUGUUGUACCGCCCGGGACACUAUGACAUCCUGUACUGAGUACCACCACCAUUCUUCCGUUUCUCGUCUGGAGUGCCGCUUCUCGGAACACGGAUCGUGCCGAUUUUCCGUCACAGUGCACACGAAGGAUAUCUCGAACUCUAAAGUAUCAUAUACAUUUGGAUCAGUCAUGUAAUAUUUGAUGUAAACACUCUGAAAUAUAUUGGAAUAAUAACCUUUAUGCGAAAAAGUAUUGAAGGUCCUUUAACUAUCCAUUUUCAAAUAUUUUGUUGUCACCCGAAUAGUGUCAAAUGUGAUGGUUGGUUUUGCUUUGAAAACUUCAGUAAUUUGUAGCUGUCUGUUCUGAAAAUUAAAAAAUAUAUAUAUAUAUCAUUCAUUUACUUCAGAAAUUACAAUAAUAAAAGUUGCAGUACUUGACUCCAGUUUUGGAACCCCCAAAUCCGGAAGACCUGAAACUGAAAUUUUCUAAUGCAUAAUGAUAAAAAGUACACCCACAGACCAUCUGCCUGCAAAUAUCUCUGAUUUUUAAUGAGCAUUCCAAAGUCGGCUACCAAGGAAUUAAA